UGAAGGCGAAAUUCGAUUUAACUUAAUGGCCAUUGUGUCUGACAGAAAGAUGAUAUAUGAGCAGAAGAUAGCAGAGUUACAAAGACAGCUUGCAGAGGAGGAACCCAUGGAUACAGAUCAGGGAAGUAAUAUGUUAAGUGCUAUUCAGUCAGAAGUUGCCAAAAACCAGAUGCUUAUUGAAGAAGAAGUGCAAAAAUUAAAGAGAUACAAGAUUGAAAAUAUCAGAAGGAAGCAUAAUUAUCUGCCUUUCAUUAUGGAAUUGUUAAAGACUUUAGCAGAACACCAGCAGUUAAUACCACUCGUAGAAAAGCUCGUGAUAUCUUUGGAGAAAGGAAUACAUAAGCAGGUACAGUACUGUGCUGAGUGAUGUUCUGAUGAGUGCCAGCAUGAAGUCACGCUGAAGAUCCUGGGCACACACAGGAGUGGCUCCCAAAUAACUCUACAGCCUCUUAGCAUUUCACUUUCACAAAAUUAAGUCUGUGGUUAGAAUGAGCUGCUUCAUCUGCUU